AUGUCUGUCACUCAACCUCUAAUUUCUGCUCAUGACACACACGAGCAGAGUUUGAAUCGUUAUUUCUCAACAAACACAACCGCGGCCACAAACAUGGCCGAAGAUGAGAUUGCCAUUGAAAACAAACGCACGGCCAAUGGUUUUCUCAAACCACCGUCAUUUAUUGUUAAAUUAGUCUGUGAGUUAUUAGGUACAUUGAUCUUCGUCUUUUUCGGCGCUGGUUGCGCGGCUAAGCAACCUGGACUUCUACCGGCUUCAACGGCACAUGGCUUGGUUACGGUUUGGCUCGUGUACGUGUUCGGACCGGUGUCGGGUGGACAUUUCAAUGCUGCAGCAACGCUAGCAUUUGCAUUGACAGGCAAGAUGAAACCGUUGGAAAUUCUCGGCUAUCUCGCAGCACAGGCUGUUGGCUGUCUUAUUGCCGGUGCCAUGCUCUUGUGGCUCUACGUGGGUGCUGACCGUGAUGGUGCAGCAUUGAAUCCGUGGCGAUGGCUGGGACCAGCAGUGGCCUCGAGUACCUAUGCAUCUUAUGCAUGGAUCUAUUGGGUGGGACCCGUGGCCGGAUUCAUGUUGGGAUACGGAUUGUUUAGACUAUACAAAUUCCUAUGGAAUUUAUAAAUGAACUUUUUUAAAUUAAAACAGCAUAGAAAUCGCGAUUAUCAUCGAUUCUACGCGAAAAACUCACAAUGUGUGUUAGCCGUUAAUGAUAGUGUAACAGGCUUUUAGCGUGUAUUAUGGUCUAAACUUGAUCAGACAGAUUUACUCUUUUGAAAAAAUUGGUUUUUGUCUUUAUCAGCUUUAUGAAUUUUUUCAGUAACGAAAACGAAUUUCGAAACAAAGCGAGUCGUAUUUUUUCAGCGGAUCUGACGACGUGUAAAUCAUGGCUUCAGCUCUUGACACAAAACAGCAGAUGAACUAAACAAAGUGAUUCAUAUCGAAUUAAAUGUAGAAUAGAAUGAUUUGUUAAUUGAAAAUUUUAACAAUUUAAUUUAAUUCAUUAUCUUGUGAUGUUGAUGAUGCUCGUUGCUUGAUCACCAAAUGGUAGAUAGCGUAGCAAAAUUCCAUUUAACCAGCGUAGAACCUCGGUUAGUGACAACUAUGUUGGAUGACCUUUCAACUGCAAAAUUCAUCACUUUUCUACCCAGUUUUCAAUGCUAAAUCAGAAAAUAAUAGUUUGAAAGUCCACAUCGUCAAAUAAAAUGGAAAUUCAAAUAUUUCAGAAUCGGGGGAAUUUUUUGAUUUUCGAGAUUCUUGGAGUUUUUUGAUUUUUCUACAUGAAAAAAUUAUAAUAAGUGCGAAAAGAAAUUUGUUCGAAGUUUGCAUUAUUUGCACCUUAAAUUACAAUAUUAUUUUCAUAUUAAUAAAAUAUUAUUACCAUAUCUAUUACAAAAUAGAGAUCAUUUAACUGAUCUUCAUUUAAUAAAUUAUGAAUAACAACUACAUUUAUUUUUACAAACAUUAGAUCUUUUAUGUGAACCAAAACCUAAAAUGAGAGGUAAGUGAUCUUAAAAAAUUACAGUUUUGAUAUUUGAAUAGAAAAAAACUUGAGAUUGAGAGAGAUCUUCCUAUAAAUUUUUUUUGCUCUCAGUACAUCUUUGUAGGGAAAUAGUGUUUAUAGGAGAGAUUUUUGAUUAGAACAAUUUUUAAAGUUCCUAUUCUAGAUUCGAUCUGCCGCCCUUCAUACGUUGCACUUCUCCAACUACACCUUUUCCCAUUGCACUAAAUUGUGCAAAAGGAAACUGUGAGUUAUGAUGAUACAUUCGUACACUUACGUAUAUAUUUAAAUAGUCUUUACAACUGAUCACUCACAUACUGCUAGCUAUCCUAUGUACAUGAUAACGCUUCUCUGCGCUCGCUCGGUCCUUUGACUUUAGGAACUUAUAUCUGCGAGCGACGUUCAUGACUUUAAAUCGAAGAUAAAGCUGAUAUCCCGCUUCGGUCGGUGUUCGCUAAGAGACUAUCUAUAAUAUAUCAUAAAUUUUUCUUUGAUUUGGUGUGUACUCUAAUGUAAAUCUAAAAGGAUUUCUCGAGACCCUCCACGGAUCCCCAGAGGUGUAAAAAUCGAAAAGAGCUGUAAGACUUUCUGAGUUUAAGUCAAUGCUCAGGCCUCCCUUAGGUGGGGACUCGGACCUUGGAAUGGUGAGAAAUGUUGUGAACUUUUCUGAUCCUAAGGAAAAUCUGCACAAUGUAAUAUCACGUUAAAACGUUUUCUGGAAACACACAGACAGGCUACUAUUUUGUAAGGGAAUAAAUUCUUAAGACAGAAGAAUAAAAAAGAGUGCCGUUACCGGAAGGAAGUUCCUCACUCAAAUAGUACGAAUCAAUCAAUCUCGCGACAUCUAUCUCCACCCAAUAGAAAACGUUUGCUUAGGUUUUUUCUCUGUGCAUCAGUAGAUGUUUCAGGUCCGUCAAGAAAUAUCCGUUUUUCCAGCUCCGACGAAAAGCGAUGAAACACUAGGGUCCUUACAAAAGAAAAUUAUAUGAUGAUUCGGUGACUAGGUAAUUUUUAUUUCAAUUUGCACUAAAACCAACCUGUGUUUAUUUUUAUUAAGCGAUAAUAAAAAAGCUGUGGUGGUACAUUCUUAUCUACCUUUCUCUUGAAGAGCAAGUAGCUGGUUAUAGGUAGGUAAGGCAAGUAGCUGGUACUAUUCUGAUUUGGUUUUCUAUAUCGCAAACACUUUUGUAACACUGAACAUUGAAUGUAUAAUUAUGUAGGUAGAACGCUGUAAGAUAUCGUGUUUGCACACGUUUUUCAAUAAACUUUUAAAUUACGUGCAUCCUAACUCAAAUGGCAUCGAAAACCUUCGAUGAAAUGCGAAUAGAGACAAGAAUUUUUAUGGGUAUUUUACAGUAGGUAUUUUACAAAUUUAGAACAAAUGCAUGACAGAUUAUACUAUUGUGAUCUUGACGAUUGAUUUUGAUGAUACGCUCACGUUUUUGCCUUUUUGUCUUGACGUCGUUUUAAAUAUUACGUAAAAGCGUAUCAGACAUAUCAGUCUUCUACGAAAACGUGUGCAGGCACAAUAUCUUACAGAAUUUUCCCUAUAUAAUCACGUUUCUCAAGUGUUUUGAAACAGGAAAAAUCAAAACAUUCAUUAUUACUUGCUUAAAAAAUUAAUUUUAUCGCAUAAAAUUCUUUAACGGUGCAAUAUUAUGAAUCUUUUCGUAUCUUGAUGAUAAUGGUUGCUUAAAUUCUUGUCGCUAAAAGCAAGGAUUGAUUGAAGAAAAGUAUGUGAUUAAGCUGAAACAAAUCGAGAAAGUUUAUGAACUGAUUUUGGAAGUGCUCUGAUCUUCUCAUUCAAUCGAAAGUUUAUUUACAAUAUUUAUGCAUCUAAACACAGUAUUUUUUCGAUUUAUACUGGUUUAUGCUAUUGAGGAAAUGCUUUUUUGUUCAUUACUGUAAUGUUGGUCUAUGUUUCGAUAUAAGUUCAUCUUGAUUUGUUCAUAUUAGAUGUAUUGGAUUCAUUUUGUAGAAUUGAACAUAUGCGCUCUGCUUUCUGGAUAUUAUUUACUUGUUUUAUUGUCGAAAGACUCACUGUUUCUCAAAACGAAGCCACAUUGGAAAUCGAAUUGUAAAAAAUAUGACUGUUACAAAUCAUGUUUACAUUGCAUGAACUUACUUGAUCAUAUGCGGCUGUCAUUGUAGAACUCCAGAUUAUAUAUUUGAAACAAAGUCUACAACUUAAUGGUAUCACAACUGAUAUGAUGGACAAAUAGUUUAAAUAGAACAGAUGAAAUUUUUCAAAAACACGUGAUGAAAUAUACCUGCAUAGCAAAAAACGUUCAACUUCCUUUCAACGUGAUAAUAAGGAAAGAAAAAGUCGGAAUAUUUUUUGCUUAAAUUUGAUUCUCUCCGUAAUCUAGUUUCGGGUAUAACUCUUUAAGGCCCCAUCCCCCCCCCUCCAAAAUCGAUUUUCAACAUGGUGCAUGGAAUCUUCAUGAAACUCUCUACAUAUGCUUGAUCCAUAAAGGUACAAGUGUAAAAAAAUUUUCAUGGCUCUAGCUCUUUCGGUUCGAGAGAUAUACAGGUACUAAGGGGCAAAAUGGGGGGCCCACGCGUACAAGGAUUUUUUCCAUACACGUCGAGAUGGAGCGCUCGGGCUGGUCUCAUUUGAAAGAGGACUCAUUGGUGCUUCAGAUGAGGGAAAGGGUUUUUUUAAUUUUGAUUUUUUUUGUUUGGUGGGAUCUACAAAACUUUGAAGUUCUGAAAACUCUGUGUAGGAUUUUUCAUAAAAUACCUGAUUGCUCAUAGAUUGAGAGUCAAAUAAAAAAUUUCUUCUCGUCAUCGGAAGAAGGAUAUAUCUAUCUAUCAAAUAAAAAAAACCGUAGUUUAAUAGAAUAAACUAUAGUGAAGAAAAAUUUAUUCAGAGAUUGAUAUUUUACAAAAAAACUCGGUUUUGAGAAAAACGAUAAACAAGUUUUUUUUGUGAAUAUUACCUGCAACCAACAUAAAAAUGCAAGAAUUGCAUGUCAAUGGUAAAUACGCGUCACAGCGUAUUGCACUAUGGUUGUCGCGACGUAUCCCGCGAUAGAUGGCGUCACCUAUUGGUCGCUAUUGUAUAUAAUAAUUAUAAUAUUAUAUAAAUAUAAGUAAUAAUAAUCCCAACUAACUUAAGUUUUUUUACGAAAAUCCCAUAAAAAACUUAGAGAUUCAAUAAUAUCUUUACGGAUUUGUAAAGUAGACAACUCAAGCAUCAUGUCCAUGUGUUUAUCUCAAAAUCCAUUUUUUUGACAAAAAUCGACUUUUUGGAGGGGGGGGAAGCCUUAAGUGAGUGAUCACAUUUGUGUCCACCUUUUCAAGUUUUCAUAUCGACUUUUAUAUCUAAUACAAUCAAAUAAAACAUAGUGCAUAUUGAAUACAAUCAGACGUUGAUUUACUCUAACUUCUUACUGACUAACCAUUGGAUAGUGUAAUAGAAAUCUUAUAAAAAGUGUAUACGUACAGUAGAUAAUCAAUCAAGUUUUCAUUAAAUCAAAACAUUCAGUUUUUCAUGAUCGAUUACUGAAGAGUUAGCAACCUUGAACGAUUAAUGGCUCCGCUCAACAUGAUUUGUGGAUUCCUUAGAUGAAUAAUUUUACAGAAACUUUGUAACUAUACAGAAUAGUGUUUUCUCUAAUACAGCUGCCAGUAAGGUAUGUAAAACCUGGGAUAUUUUUCCAUUUGUAUAUUAUCAUAUUCGUGAUUCAAUAGCUAAUUAUAAACGCAGUAACCCCAAAUAAGUUGUAUGUAAGUUUACAGUAGGUUUCUAACUGACAUGUUUAAACAAAAAAUGAGCUAAAAAUAAUAUAUUGAUUUCUGUUUGAUUGGAAGGACAAAAUAAUUCAAAAAUAAUAUAUGACGUUAUACAUGCACUAACCCCCCCC